AUGCCACCUCCUCCCCACCGCCGCCGCCGCCGCCGGGAGGGCGCACUUCUUUCUGAUAUCCAUAAGGGCGCGAAGCUGAAGAAGGCUGUCACCAAUGAUCGAUCAGCACCUCAAAUCGGAAGCUCAGGAGGCGUCUCAGCAGCCCCUCCCGUCGCGGGUGCGCCACCUGUUCCUGGCGCGAGGCCGCCUCCAAGCGGACUUGCACCGCCCGUACCAUCCGGCCCAGCCGCGAAUCGAUUACGAAGUAACAGCGAAGGAGUUUCUGGGACAGAUGGUGCAGCCAGUGCAACGCCACCUCAAUUAGGUGGUCUAUUUGCUGGUGGGAUGCCCAAACUACGCAGCCGUGGAGGUGUCGAUACAGGUGCCAAUCGAGACUCGCCAUAUAUCUCUGAUUCCGAAGGUGCACCUCGACCACCCGCUGCGGCAGCUCCCAAGCCUCCAACAGCUCCCCGGCCUCCUGGGACCAGGCCGCCUCCCCGUCCAUCAUCAACCGAUUCACCGCCUGCACCACCGGUCAAUUCCUUGGUUGCCGGCUUGAAGAAGCCUCCCCCGAGACCUGCUUCACGACCCUCAUCUGCAGUUUCAGCGUCAGCUACAAAGGCCCCUGAAGUGCCACCUCCACGCGCACCUCCUCCCCCUCCAGCACCGGGCAAGCUUCCACCACCGCCUACAUCAAGAAAGCCGUCCGGACCCCCACCACCUCCCCCAUCAGCCCCCGCGACUCGGGCACCUCCUCCCCCACCGGCUGCUUCUAGAUCGACACCACCCCCUCCCCCAUCAGUAGCCCCGCCUUCAAUUGCUGCGCAGGCUGCCCGUUCCGCCCUGGGACAUUCUUCGCCUUCGGCACCUCCCCCGCCACCCCCAUCAGCUGCCCCAGGUGCUCCUCCACCACCGCCUCCAACUUCACUUCCUGCAGCUCCGCCAAGUGAGCCGCCAUCCCGACCACCCCCUGUUUCCUCUCGCCCUGUCUCCCACGAACCUAUUGCAUCGCUGGACCCUAGCGCUUAUACACUUUCCAAUGGUGGAUCGCCUGGACCAAGCUCACGAAGCCCUUCAACACAUGGACAUGGCGCAGUCCGAAUAGAAGACCCGCGAUUCAAAUUCCAAAGCGAUGGGCUGCUCCCCAAACCACGCCAAUUUAUCGGUGGAGAACGCCGAUAUCGUGCUGGGAGAGGCAGCAGUGUUCCUUUGGAUCUGAGUGCAUUGCAAGGCUGA